AUGUCGCUCGCCAAUUCACCCGAUUGUUUGUUAAGGCCUGAAGACCAAGCCCUGCAGGCGCUCUUUCCAGCAAUGGAACAGUCUGCACCGAACUCGUUUGACGAUCUCUUCAGCGUCGAGCUAUAUGAAGUGAAUGAGGAUAUCAAAAGCAAAGAGGAUAGCGAGGAUAAUGUCGACUUCUUUGUUUCUGCCCUGACCAAUGAUAACGAGCCAGGUCACAUAGUGGCAGACCAAUCCCGGGACUCGUCUCAGCCAUGGCGCAAGGGAUUAUGGUGCCUAAAACCAGGUUCGCAAUUAAUCGUCGAGAAAACCCGAAAGGCUCAAAAUGCCCCUCCACCAAACAUCUCGCCUGCUCAUCUGAUCGCAAAUGACAACUUUGCUCUCCGGGGUCCACGAGGUUCAACUAGACAACAUCAGACAAACAGCUUGUCACCAAACCACUUGCGGAAGCCUCAUUGUCCAAGUCCCUUCGAACAACAAAGAGUCGAUCGAGAUACGAGCCUCUCACCUAGUCCGAUGUAUUCAAGGUCGUUCUACAACGAUAGGAGUGGGUUUGUCGAUGUUUGGCAGCAGGAUUUGCAGGACUUCAACAUCAAUCUGAAUGACGACUAUCCGGAGUCCUUUCCUAUCAUUGGCGAUAAUCUGAUUGAUCAAUUGGAUUGCAACUACAGCCAUCCGAAGCGAUCAUUUAUGGGAGACGAUUUGCAGAUGGAAAGAAUUAGGUCGGCGACCAUGUUCAAUAUGUCUCAUCCUGUCACUUCGAAGCAGAUCUCUGAUCAAGAGCUAUCUUCGCGAAUGAACAUGAAUCUCAAUGCCGCUCAGCGAAACAUGUUCUCAGGUACACCAGAUCAAAAUGAUCCCAGCUACCGCUUCCUGAAUGAUGAUCUGCCUCCAAUGUCGGAUUGGACGGCGACUGAAAGUCUUCAUUCUUCUAACAGCUCUCAUAAUUCUCACAACUCACAUUUUUCUACAGGAUCGACAGAGGAUAGCCAUAAUGGUGGAUUGUACAAUACUAUGCCAACUUCAGAGGUGUGGUCACCGCCCACCUUGAAUACUCAAGUCAGUUCCGUCCAAGACCAGUAUUUGGAGCUCAUGCAGCCUAAACCGCGAAGGGCGACACAUCAAGUACUACAAGCAGAGCACAUCAAUGGAGGCGGACUGGGUAUAGCGUAUCCAACCGCUGAUGAGAUUGGGGUGGCGAUCCCUUAUCAGCCAGCAGAGUUCUCCGUUUUCAACUCCUCGAAGACGAGCGACAGCCCCUUCACGAUCGCCAUCUCCAUCAGUCUCACCAACAAGAGCUCCAAGAUCGGCGCGGUCUCCAAGCCGCCGAGACACCAGUCAACACUGUCGAGCGAAGUCGAUACACCGGUCAGGACCCAAGGGCGCGGAAACACCACGCCAUCGAUCCGCUUCGCGCGGACGGCAGCCACGUACUCCGAAAACGCCAAAGAACGGGGCUGA